UGUCUGUGGUUACAGAGAAAAAGCCAUGCGGAAUUGUUGUCAAAAUAAAUGUCAAUUUCGUUCAACGACUUUAUUAUUUUAUUGCUGAUAGUAAUCGAUUUCGUGUUAAAUACGAUAUAUUGUGUAUUUUCGAAUACAUAUUAUUUUCUUAAAUCAUUAUACGAAUACAUCAUCAAUGUAAAUAUGCUCGAAAAUGCUAAUAAACGAAAAAGACAUCCAGUAGACCAACCUAACCAAACAAUAGUAAAAAGAGGUGUUAUCGAUGCAAACUGGCAGAAAUUGCUGCAAUCCACGUCGCUUAUGGAGAAGACCAAUGAUAAACCAGUGAGUACAGAUAAAAAAGAGCACUACACUGGCACAUUUAGGCGGGGACGAAAGAAAAAAAACAAAGACCAAGACAUCGUUGAGAACAACUUGAAAUCUCUAAAUAUAGAUAAUAAAUCUGCUCACGUAGUUAGCCCACCUUCUAAAGACGACAAAAAAGAUGUCAGGGAGGAUAAAAAGAAUAAAUUGACCAAGUUUAUCGCCAUGGAUUGCGAGAUGGUGGGGAUAGGAUAUAACGGAGAAGAUCAUAUGAUCGCUCGAGUGUCACUGGUCAACAAAUUCGGUGAUUGCAUUUACGAUAAAUUUGUGAAAGCGCGGGAACAGGUCGUAGACUAUAGAACGCAAAUCAGUGGCGUGAGAAAAGAGGAUUUGUUAAAUGGUGAAGAUUUCACAGUUGUACAAAAGGAAGUUUCAGAAAUAUUAAAGGGGCGUAUUCUAGUGGGUCAUUCUUUAAAGACUGACCUCAGUGUGCUUUUCUUAUCGCAUCCGAAGAAGAAUAUUAGAGAUACAUCUAAAUAUAAGCCAUUUAGGAAGAUAACGAAAGGCAGCACACCGUCUCUCAAACGUUUAGCUAAAGAAAUCCUAGGUAUAGAUAUACAGCAUGGAGAACACAGCUCGGUCGAAGAUGCGAAAGCCACAAUGCAAUUAUACAAUAUAGUAGCGAAGAGCUGGGAGGAGGUGUUGAACCAAAAACGCGGUUAUAGCAGGAAGUUCGUCGAGAGCUAGUUAAUGUGAAAAAUUAGUUGGCUACAGUCGAAUUUUUCAUUCAAUAACUUUACUAUAGCAAAGAUCGGUGCAGUUGUUGAGCGAGAAAUGUUGCUAGAAAUAAAAGUUUGUUGAGAGUUUUUUGAUUUGAAUAAUUACAUGGCUAUAGGAAGAUUUCUCAUGUAAUUUUGGCUAUAGGGUGCAGCUUUUGUGUGAACAACUUACAAUAAGUGUAAGUUAAUGAGAACUAUGUUAU